UGAUGCGUCAACAGUAAAAGCGGACGAUGCUGUUAUGUAAAAAAAAAAGUGAAGUGUGCGGAGGUCUUUCAAACCGCAGACAGCGCUCGAAGCUGGAUAGAUCGCUACGCAACUCAAACCGAACAGCCCGCUGAAUGUUUUCUCGGGACUUGCGGAGCCUCCCUGGUACACCUGACCGAGUGACCGAUCACAGUUAUUACACAUUUAGGACAGUUGUCCUUUCCUUUUUACCCCUUUUCAGUAAUAACACAUAAUCACACCCUGAAGAUCUUCUGUGAACUUAUGUCAUCGUAAACGAAAGAGAAUUUACUUAAGGGUGGACUUGGCAGGUGGCUCGCACCUUGGGGUGUGUGGUGCUGACUACAUUACCCACAAUGCCCAGUGUCAGAUGGACUUCCUGAUCAGCUGUUGCAUUCAACCCUGGGAGUAAUCGGGCGGGGCCUCUGCCACAUGCUAAGGCCAUGGGCGGAGCCAACCCUGACAUGCCAGCAAAACGAGGGAGGCCUCCGAAGGUGAAGAGAGGCAGGAGGAAAGGGAGUAAGGAUAUGAGAAUGCAAGAGGAGGAGUCAAUUAAGGAACCAGGGUUGAGUGAGGGGGAGACCUUAGGCUGUCGUGUCCUUCUCACUCGUCUGGAGGAGAAGCGGGCUGUGGGUGGCAAGGACGGGGGGAGGAGAGGAGGGAGAAAAAAGAUUCAGACCAAACCCUCCAAGUCUGUACAAAAGACCUUCACAGCCAAUCAGAAUGCACCAGAACCCAAAAAAAGCAACCAAUCAAAUGCCUUAUUUCCCACGUUACCUCCUCUGGAGCUACGCAAACGGAGACUGGCCUCUCUCAACGCAGAGGCUGUCAACAGCCUGCUGCUGCAUAGACAGGAUUCUUCGGGGCCAACGCUCACCAAAAAACGUAUAGAGAGACAGGAUUCCAAAAACGAUCCUAAGACAAAGAAACCACAUUCAGGAAGUCCUCAAAAACACAAACGAGCCAAGAUGGAGGAAGCGGGCUUUGACCUGGCAAGUUUGACCACCCCCACCCCGCGUCGUCAGGCUGGGCUCAUGGCAACAGCGUUGCUCAGGCUCUCCAGCACCCCCCGCAGUGGGAGAUGCCGAAGUGUCAAGCGUAGGUGUGAGAAACAAGUCCACUCCAAGCUAGAGAAACAACAGGUCCGACACCAGCCUCUACCCCGAAUGAUGUUGGUACAACGGUGCUGCGGUCUGUGUGACAGGGAAUGCAGCCAGGAGGGGGCCCAGAGGACAGGGCCUUCAGAGGGGCAGGGGUGCCUCCUGCAUGGGCCACAGAGUUCUUCUCUCAGGCUUGUGAAGGAGGAACAGGCCGAGAUGGACUUGACCCCCACAUCCUGCUGCCCCUCCUCCCAGGGAAAGUGCAAGGAGCACUGCCAAUGCCUAGCCCUACUGAUGGACCACAGGAGUUACCAGGAACCAGAGGAACAUUGUCUAACCAAGGGUUACCACCUUCACCUUCACUCCCCCCAUGCCUUAGCCUACCCUGCCUUAACCAUUGGUCCCCACACUCUUCCACACUCCCACCUUCGUCCCUGCUUUUCUGGUUACUACAUCCACCUCACCCACCAUAAUCCCACCUCACCUCCCCACAGCGCCAACCCACUGCCUUAUCCUCCUUCCACCAUGUCCUCUAUCACACUGUGCCCGGAGGGAGUCCACAGUCAAAGGCUACUGCCCCAGACAGACCCUGAGCCCUGGCUCCAGCCCCAGGCCUCAGGGAUCCCCCAGUCUGCCUACUGCCCCUCAGUAGGGGUUUGUUACAGGGAGGCCUGCAGGACUGGUGGCUACACAUACACUGCUGUACCAGCCAUCCCAAGCAGCGGGUGCUCUCAACACGCAGGCUGUCCCAGCUGCUGCCACCAUAUCAAAAUCGAGGACUUCUCUUCAUCUUCCCUGGAGGUCUGUAGUGCCCAUGCCUGCUCUGCCCACCGGCCCCUCUCUGGCUGCCCCAUGCCCACUGUGCCUCCCCCAGCCCAAUCAAUUCCCCACCUCAAGACACCACUCUCAGACCCCAACCAACCCCAGGCUCCAUUGCGGGUGGGGAGGGAGUGUCCUCAGAGUGCCAAAGCACCUAGUGGCUCGCGGUCUGCCGUGCGUGGGGGUGUUUCCCCCACGUGUUGCCCUGAGGUGAGAGACAAGCAUCGCUCCAGGCCGGCCAGUGCUAGUGGACAUGCCAGACAGGCCAGGGACAGACCAGGCCAGGUCAAGCAAAGCAGAGCAGGCCGACAGAGGGAGACUAAUGGCUGGCUGCCUGUGGGGAAGCCCUUCCAGAAGGAGGUCUUUACUGUGGGGGAAGAGGCUCCUGUUUUGAGGAAGUGUUUCGAGGGCGUCCAGCGGGAUGGUGAGGUCAUCAGGGUCAGAGACACCGUCCUCUUACGCUCCGGCCCCAGGAACAAGUCCCUCCCCUAUGUGGCCAAAAUCUCUGCACUCUGGGAGGAGUCUGAGUCAGGAGAGAUGAUGAUGAGCCUGUUUUGGUACUACCGCCCAGAACACACACAGGGAGGGCACAAUCCCAGCAUGCAUUGUGAGAAUGAGAUCUUUGCUUCCCGUCACCAGGAUGUAAACAGUGUGGCCUGUAUUGAAGACAAGUGCUAUGUGCUAACGCUAGCCCAGUAUUGCAGAUUCCGUGCCUUGGUGGCGAGUCGUGGAGAGGGUCACCCUGGUCACACCUCCCUGGUCCCACCACCCUCCUUCAACCACACUCUUCCCGACCCACGUCCUUUACCCCCGGACGUCAACCCCAACCUUGUGUUUGUCUGUCGUCACGUCUACGACUUCCGCUAUGGACGGGUCCUGAAGAACCUGCAGUGACGAGGACGGGUGAGGUCGGAACUAGGAUGUACCUGUUGUAGGAAGCAGGUGUGGACAAACUAAUGGUAGCUCGGCCCUUCCAUGCCUGUGAGAACCCUCCAGUGAAUGAUGUGACAUCCUGCAGCGGUGGAGGUCAUAGAACAGCUUGAGGAUGUUAUGGGAAGCCCAGUGGCUCUUGGAUGAACCUGCUGAACUGAGAUCUCCAUGGGAAUAAGAGAGAGAUGAGAUGUCAUCCACCUGACAGAACCUCCAAGGAUCUUGGUGGAGCAGAGGAGCGGUAUGUGAGAUCAUCUCCUGAUGAUCCAGAUGAGGUCUGACUCAUCAAAUUCUGGGUUCAGAUACAACAGCCAAGGCACUGAUCUCAUAACCGAUCUCUGCUAAACAGUUUUGGAAGCAAACAGCAGAUUCCACUUUAAAACAGUUGUUGGCUGUUGUACAACUGUAGUGUCUGGUGAGGACCACAUUGCCACAGAACCAGGGAGAUGAUUCAGUCAAGAAGGGGAGCCGUGUUCAGCACAAAUAACUUGUUCCUGUAUAGCCGUUUUGAGAAAUUAGGGAUUCAAUGUGCGACCCAUGAUUUUGCAUAGUCAUCUGUAUACAUUUUGUUGACCAAAUUUAUUUUGAAAAAUGUGUUUCUAUUUAUGACAGAAUGACUCAAUUUAGCAUUUAGAUGAAUUAUUUACUCACAAGUGAUCUUCUCUCUGGCAAUGGUAAUUAUUUAUUUCUAUAAGGAGAAAAAUGUAUUUAUUUAUAAGUGUGUCCUGAUUUUGUGGAGACUUUGAGGCAAGUUAUCCUUGAGUAGGAGUGGUUCAGGUUAGUACAGUCCUGUUUAAGUGUCAGAGUUGGAAACCAAGGAACCAGUAGUAAGAGAAGCUAAGCCACUGGACCAAAUUCCCAUGCCCUUGUCCUCCUAAGGUUAUCACAAGCCUUUUUAGUUUACCCAACCUGAACUGACCAAUACAAGCAGGGUUUUGAACCCAUUACCAUGCAUGCUCUAGCCUUACACCCAGCAGGUAGAGAUUAUGUUGAGGUCUAGACCACCACCGUCCCCUGUCUGAGUAGCUCUCCAAACCCACCUGUCUCUCAUACGUAGGCCUUCUGUAUGUAUGAAAGGGGCCAUGUGUGUUAGGGCAGGGAAGGGGAAAGCCAGGCACAACCCAUCAGGUUUCCAGGAUGAGACUCACUGGUUGAACUUCUGUGUAGAAGAUUGAAUCAGGGAGUGAGAGAGAUUUCUAUUACGCCUGUCUCUGUGCCUGUCUUUACUGGACUGGGAACCAGUAGCCCCGUUUUAGCGCUAAAGUAUAUCUGACAUGCCUUUUCUGGACUGCUAUUGAUUUACUAGUGUUGAUUGGUGUGGUCUCUGAGCAUUGCUACGAUGUAUGUACCAAAAAAAAGUUAUGAAGGGGACUAAAGUGUCACAAUGAACUCAUUCCAAGAUUUAUACAAAUGUUUUUGGUUCGUUUGAGGUUAUGGAGGAUCUAGGAAUCGUUAGAGAUAUUAUUCAGAGCACAAAGUAUUUGUAUUAUUUAAUAUGGACGUGUGUAAUAUAAGACCAUAUUUAAUUGGAAUAAAUAAUAUAUGAGUUGCUUAAGUGAUAUCAUAUGUUUUGCUU